UUAUUUGUCCGCAAACUGACCUAAGUGCAGCUUGCUGAUAGCAAAACAUAAAAACAAUGGCAUAGUCCGUGGUGUAGUCUCAUUACUCUCCUUCGUGCCGCUACUUGUCUGUUCAGGAUUCAUUGCCAAGGGAACGGUUUGAGCAGCUUUCUCAGCCUUAUUUCCAGGGCUGAAUGAGGCCGGAAUGGGUCUCAUCCUCUGACCCGAGCACGACAUUGACAAAUUGUUCAGGGGCUUUUCGCUUCUGAUGUGACUGCAACCUGGUUGGAAGAAGUCAGAGAGGGAAAGAGAGAGAGAGAGAAGCUGGACGGGAUUUCAUAGAGGAAUUUGCUGAGUGCUGCCAAGCUAUGUUUGCACAGUAUUGACCAGAGCUAUUACAUCCAUCACUGAGUCAGGGGAGACUCAGUACUUGGACAACACUAACGCCAGCAAGGAUGGAAACAAAGCUUGUUAUUGUACAGCUGUGUGGGCACAGACACAGAGACACCCUCCAGCUUCAUACUCAAUGUUUGAUAUUCCUGAGAUGUAGUCCAGAACCUCCUUUGCUGCUAAGUCAACUCUCUCAUGGUCUGAGCAGUGCUUCCUACCAAUAAUGCUUUGGUGCUUCCUGCUGAUGCUUCACUAUCCUGGGAAUUCUAAAGCUCAAGUCAAUCCUGGCCUGUGCCGUUACGCGUUAGGAAUGCAGGAUGGCACGAUCCCAGAUGAAGACAUCACUGCUUCCAGUGAGUGGUAUGGAUCAACCGCUGCUCGGUUUGGCAGACUGGAGAAGGAGCGAGGUGAUGGAGCCUGGUGUCCAGUCGACCUACUGUACCCUGACAGUGUUGAGUACCUGCAGAUUGACCUGCACGCCCUCAACUUCAUCACGCUGCUUGGUACACAGGGGCGACAUGCCUAUGGUAGCGGCAAUGAGUUUGCUCGUGCUUACCAACUGGAUUACAGCCGGGACGGGAGGCGUUGGAUAACCUGGAAGGACCGUCAGGGGAAACAGAUUAUUUCAGGAAAUGUCAACACUUACGAUAUUGUUCUGAAGGACCUGCGGCCUCCGAUCAUUGCCCGCUUUGUGCGGGUGAUCCCAGUGACUGAGCAGCCAUCGAGUGUGUGUAUGCGGGUCGAGCUGUAUGGCUGUGUCUGGAUUGACGGCCUCUACUCCUAUAGUGGGCCUGCGGGACAGACCAUUGGAAAGCCAGGGGCAGCAGUCAUCUACCUCAACGAUUCCACAUAUGAUGGUAUCCAGGACUCCAGGCGCAGUCAUGACGGUCUAGGUCAGCUGACGGAUGGGGUACUGGGGCUGGACGAUUUCACCCAGAGCCACGAGUACCGGGUGUGGCCCGGGUAUGACUAUGUUGGCUGGAGCAACGACACCUUCAUGGGCCAGUACGUGGAGCUGGAGUUUGAGUUCGAUCAACGCAGGAACUUCUCCAUUAUGAAGGUGCAUUGUAACAAUCUGUAUACAAAGUCGGUGAAGAUCUUCCACCGGGUUGAGUGCUCCUUCAAGCAGCAGCUGGUGGCGAACUGGGAGCGGGAGUUAGUGGGCGUAACGAUGGUGAUGGACGACAAGAACCCGAGUGCACGGUUUGUCAUUGUGCCCCUGGGGCAGCGGCUGGGCAAGGCAAUCCGCUGCCGGUUCUACUUUGCGGAUCGUUGGAUGUUGUUCAGUGAAAUCUCUUUCCAGUCAACAGUUGCAGAUGCUGAGGGUACAAAUCCUUUGGAACACCUUCAGCCAUCCAGGAGAGAGGACACUUCCCAAAUCCCAGAAGUUUGGAGUACUCCCAGGCUGAAUGCCGGCCUAGGCCUGGGUUUGGGACCCAGCCCUGCACCAAAACUGAUGCUGACCAACACGCCGAGCCCCACAUUGAUCAACACUGCCAGCAGCCUUGUCACUCUCAUCGUCGGCAGCUCCCCUCCUUCCACCAUCAGCAGGCCCAUGAACAAGGCUGAGGACAGUAACACCUCCAUUCUGAUUGGCUGUUUGGUAACCAUCAUACUCCUCCUCAUCAUCAUCAUCGUCGUCAUCCUGUGGAGGCAACAUUGGAAAAGGAUCCUAGAGAAGGCUCCGCGGAGAAUCCUGGAGGAGGAUGCUACUGUGCGCCCGCCCCUGUACAAUGACACCAUCAUCAUUGGCAACCAGACGCAGAUAUUCCAGACCAACCCCACUUAUGAGCGUGUCUUUCCAUUUGACCUGGAGUACCAGGAACCUGCCAGGCUACUGCGCAAACUUCCAGAACUUUCUCAGAGUGCCGAGGACUCAGUAUGCAGUGGGGACUACGCAGAACCUGAUCUCACAAAAGCUACUCCACACCAGGGUUUCCAGAGCAAUGUCCCACAUUACGCAGAGGCUGAUAUCGUCAGUCUGCAGGGAGUGACUGGAAAUAACACAUACGCAGUUCCUGCACUCACUGUGGACUCCCUCGUCAAGAUGGAGCUGGCCGUGGAAGAGAUCUCCCGACAACAGUUGCACUUCAAGGAGAAGCUGGGGGAGGGGCAGUUUGGGGAGGUCCACUUGUGUGAGGCAGUGAGUCUGCAUGAGCUUCUGCAACCUGAGUUCCUCUUCAACUUGGGACUCCGGCCAAUCCUUGUGGCUGUGAAAAUGCUGAGGUUGGAUGCCACAACAAACGCCAGGAAUAACUUCCUCAAAGAGAUGAAGAUCAUGUCGCGGCUGAAGGACCCAAAUAUUAUUCGGCUUCUCGGAGUCUGCACACGUGACGACCCGCUCUGCAUGGUCACUGAGUACAUGGAGAAUGGGGACCUCAACCAGUUCCUGUGCCAGCGAGAGCUGGAGAACCACUUCACCUUGACAAAGAACAUCCCCAGUGUCAGCUACCGGUGCCUCCUGCACAUGAUGACCCAGGUCGCCUCUGGCAUGAGAUAUCUCUCUUCGCUCAAUGUCGUACACCGGGACCUCGCAACGCGCAACUGCCUGGUGGGGAACCACUACACCAUCAAGAUAGCCGACUUCGGCAUGAGCCGCAACCUGUACAGUGGUGACUACUACCGGAUCCAGGGCCGCGCCGUGCUGCCCAUCCGCUGGAUGGCGUGGGAAAGUAUUCUGCUGGGAAAAUUCACCACAGCCAGCGAUGUCUGGGCCUUUGGAGUAACUAUGUGGGAGAUGUUCACCUUCUGUAAGGAACAGCCUUACUCUCUGCAGUCUGACGAGCAGAUUAUUGAAAAUACAGGAGAAUUUUUCCGAAAUCAGGGGCGGCAGGUCUACCUGUCACAGCCAACUGUGUGUCCGAAACAGAUCUUUGAUGUAAUGGUCAGCUGCUGGAGUAGAGACAUCAAGGACAGACCUAGCUUUGAGCAAAUCCACCACUUCCUCCAGCAGCAGUUAGUCAAUGCAGCCUAGCGUUUACACAUUGGGAUGGACCUUUGUCUUCUUGCUGAUGUGAUGGUUGCUGCCAUCAUGCCAUGCUUCUGUACGCCAAUGAACGACUCAGCCUCUUGGCCUUCCCGCCAUCUCUGCAGCAGGAUUGGCCCAUGGUGACUGCUCAUGUGAUGAGUGCAUUUUUCUGCACACUCCCGCCUCAUGCCUCUCCAAUGACAUCACUUCCUGGCAAUCAGGUUGUCCACUGACCUGUGAUAGCCCUCUCUGUGGGGAACGAGUGUCAGGGACAGCAAACGACUGCACAAUGGGGCGGUUUCCAAUGCUCUGAGAAUGCAGGAGAGGCUUAGGCUGGGAGAGCCUAUGGUAGGCCGAGACUUGAAUUCCCAGAGACGUGCACAAGGCCAAAGCUUGAAUACACAAGACUACUUUACUCUAUCAUUCCUUGUGGCGAUUACAAGCACUGCUUUCUUUGUUUUGUCGUUGCUUCCUCACACUGGAGUUACAACCAAGCUCAACACUAACAAGUGGGUAGAGAAGCCCAUAGGGGAGGGGGGGUGACUUAGCUGUUGCUAGUAACCUACACCUCAGAAUGUAGACACUACCCCAGUAACUCUGAGGAGAUUUCGGUCAGCAGAAAGGAGAGCAACACUGUGCUGUGGUCACUGGUUUUUUAAAAAGUUAGAAUGGUUUGUACUUUAAAUGCGAUGGACUGCUUUGCAAUGAAUAGUGAGCUAGUCCCCCAGGAGCUGAGUGCUGCUGAACUAUCUCCCUGACUGACCAACGCUCUGCCCUAACAUUUGAUGCAUAUUGCAUCUGCACUGAUGUCACAUUCUGUCAGCACUGGUGGGUUAAGGUGAGGGGUUGUCACAGGCUCCUGCGCACACCAGAAUUCCUUUCUGUGUGGAAGCUCAUCAGGGAGCUGCACAGAGAGAAUUUUAUUAUUAGGAGCUCAUCAUUUCAUUAAGUCCUGUUCCCCAAAGAACAUCCAACAGUCCUAUACAUGGGUGGGGGCAAACACUUGAGUGUGGGUCUGGUGGGAGCAUUCAGUACUUGGUUAGGGGGAGAGGGGUGUCUGUUAGGAGA